AUGUGUGCACACAAAAUUGUUAUAGUUUUAUUAUUUGUGGUACUUUGGAACGAAAUUGAUUGCUCAACUAGAAGGGGAAGAAAUUCGCGCACUCAAGAUCCUCUUCAACCAACUGGGGAAGCUUCGACUUCAAGAGGAGACGAGGAAAAUACUCAAACAACUAGCCCAAAUCGUGUAACAAAUGUAAGGACUCAUUUAGGAAAUAUUGCUUUACUUGCUCGGCGACCAGCGGAAAGAAAUCAGCCAAAUUAUCAAGAAGAGGUCGAGCCUCAGUAUGAUCAACAACACAAUGUAGAGCAUGAUCAAACCCGCCAAAAUGAGCCCGGAGAGGUAAUUUUAUAA